AUGGCUCUUCUAUCCCUUUUGCUCUCGCCAUGGGCUAUUGCCGUGGCCAUCCCCGCGUGGUUCGCGAUCUACUACAUAUACCCCUAUUUAGUAUCAUACGGGCACUUAAGUCGAGUUCCGGGUCCUCUUGUUGCCAAAUUUAGCAACAUAUGGGUCGGAUUAAGUGCCAAACAUGGCCAGAAAUAUGCCGCAGUCGACGCGGCGCAUCGAAAACACGGCAAAGUCGUCCGUAUUGGUUUCAACCAUGUGUCUAUCGCAGAUGAACGGGCAUUAAAUGUUGUUUAUGGGCAUGGAAAUGGCUUCCUCAAAGAUCACUAUUAUGAAGCCUUUGUGGCGCGAACCCCGGGCAUGUUCAAUGUUCGCGACCGUGCCGAACACACACGCAAGCGGAAAAUUAUAUCACAUGCCUUCUCUCCCAGAUCAGUUGCUGAGUUUGAGCCGUUUAUGGCAGAAAACCUAGAGCGAUGGACAAGCCAGCUGGACCGGAUCGCGGGUUCUCAGUCACAAAACAACGGGAAGGUAUUUGCUCCAUACAACGCAAUGCCCUGGUUCAGCUAUCUUGCCUUUGACAUAAUCGGAGAUCUGGCAUUUGGUUCACCAUUUGGCAUGGUAAACAAGGGCAAAGACGAGACUGAGACGCAGCUCGUGACCGGAGGACCCAUUUCAUACACCCCGGCAGUUGACGUGUUGAAUAGACGAGGCGAGAUCUCUUCGACAUUGGGCCUUCUUCCAGCACUGCGUCCAUGGGCUCGGUACCUUCCCGAUCCAUUUUUCACCAAGGGCGUAGCGGCCGUGGAGAACCUGACGGGGAUUGCUGUCGCCGCUGUCGCGUCACGACUAGAUGCCGCGGAGAAGGGAAUGGUCGACUCGCGCAACGAUAUUCUUUCGCGCUUGCUACAAGCCAAGGAUGCUAAUGGAAGGGAAAUGGAGCGGGACGAGCUCAUAGCAGAGGCUCUGACACAGCUUAUCGCUGGCUCGGACACAAUAUCCAACACGGCCUGCGGGAUCUUUUACUGGAUCCUGCAUGGAGAACGUAGUGCACCGGGUACGAUAAUUCCCCGACUACAAGAGGAGUUGGACCAAGCAAUUCAUUCUGAAGCAAAGAUCGCAUCUUAUUCUCAAAUCAAAGAGCUCCCAUUCCUGCGAAGAUGUAUUGAUGAAGCAAUGCGACUGCAUUCUACCUCGGCUAUUGGUCUGCCACGUUUGGUCGCCGAUCAUAGCCCGGGUGUCGAUUUUGAUGGCUUCCACUUCCCACCUGGAACAGUACUUUCAGUGCCCUCGUACACUAUCCAUCAUAUGAAGGAUAUUUGGGGAGACGACGUCGAGGAAUUCAAGCCUGACCGUUGGUUGAACCUGACUGCCCGACAGAAAACUGCUUUCAACCCAUUCUCAUAUGGCCCCCGGGCAUGUGUCGGACAGAACGUCGCCAUUAUGGAACUGCAGCUAAUCAUUGGAACUUUGUUUCAUCGGUAUGAGUUUGCAUUGUACCAGCAAACCAUGGAGUCUCACGAAGGGUUCUCGAAAAAACCCAAGGAGUGCCAGGCAGGUCUCAGGUUGAGAGAGUGCAGUUGA